UGAGGAAGUGACAGUGUGCUUGAACAAACUCAGCAGAGACGGCAGAACUAACAAGAGAGAAUGAACUUCUUCAUGUUUCCGAAGCUUUCCUGGUCGGGGGCAGGUGGACAGAGACUGUAGAAGGAUCUGAGUGGAGGCGGGGCCUCUGGAAUGAGUCAGUUUGAGGAGAUAUCGGAGGGGCUCCACCCACCUGAAACCCAUCUGUGUGAGAAACAUGGGACCUGGACUGGAGCUCAGAGCAAGGUGCAGAGACCAGACUCUGCAGGGCCUGGACCUGAAGCAGAGCCUGGACCCAAACCAGGACCUAGACCUGCAGUAGAACCUGGACCAGAACCUGAUCCAAGACCUGGAUCGAGCUGUGUGUCCAUGGAGAGUUACAGCUCCAUGAAGUAUCCUCUUGCAUUUGCAGGUGGAAAAUGUUCAGAAGUAGAAGUGGAAGAGCAGACUUCUCAAGAUGUCAAUGGUCCCUGUGUCCAAGAGAACCAAACAGAACUGGACUCUACAUUUAAGCUGCUGGAGGAAAACAUCAUCAGCUUUGCGAAGAGCGAGUUGAAGAACAUCCAAAAAGUUCUCAGUAUCGAUUACCCAAAAAGCUUGGAGAGUCAGAGAGAGGAAACUGAAGAGGAGGAGCAGAGAAGAUGCAGCAGAGAGUCAUUUCUGAACAUCACGGUGUACUUUCUGAGGAACAUGAAGCAGGACGAGCUGGCCGAGCGUCUGCAGAGCAGAACUCCCUCAACAGUGGUCCAACAAAAACACAAAUCUAAGCUGAAGAAGAAGUACCACUGUGUGUUUGAGGGCAUUAUUAAAGCAGGAAAGCCAAUCCUUCUGGAGCAGAUCUACACAGAGCUCUACAUCACAGAGGGAGGGACUGGAGAGGUCAACGAUGAACAUGAAGUCAGACAGAUUGAAGCAGCUUCCAGGAAACCAGACAGAGCAGAAACAACCAUCAGACAAGAAGACAUCUUUCAACUUCCACCUGGAAGGGAAGAACCAAUCAGAACAGUGAUGACGAAGGGAGUGGCCGGCAUCGGGAAAACAGUCUUAACACAGAAGUUCACUCUGGACUGGGCUGAAGGCAGAACCAACCAGGACAUCCAGUUACUGCUUCCUUUCACCUUCAGAGAGCUGAAUGUGCUGAAAGAGAGAAAGUUCAGCUUGGUGGCACUUGUUCAUCACUUCUUCACUGAAACCAAAGAAGCAGGAAUCUCCAGGUUUGAAAAGUUGCAGGUCGUGUUCAUCUUUGACGGUCUGGAUGAGUGUCGACUUCCUCUGGACUUCCACAACAAUGAGGUUGUGACUGAUGUUACAGAGUCCACCUCAGUGGAUGUGCUGCUGACAAACCUCAUCAGGGGGAACCUGCUUCCUUCUGCUCGUCUCUGGAUCACCACACGACCCGCAGCAGCCAAUCAGAUCCCUCCUGACUGUGUUUCCAUGGUGACAGAAGUCAGAGGCUUCACCGACCCACAGAAGGAGGAAUACUUCAGGAAGAGGUUCACAGAUAAGAAGCAGACCAGCAGGAUCAUCUCCCACAUCAAGACUUCACAGAGCCUCCACAUCAUGUGCCACAUCCCAGUCUUCUGCUGGAUCACUGCUACGGUCCUGGAGAACGUCCUGGAGACCAGAGAGGGAGGGGAGCUGCCCAAGACCCUGACUGAGAUGUACAUCCACUUCCUGGUGGUCCAGGCCAAACUUAAAAAUGUCAAGUAUCACGAGAGAUCUGAGUCCGAUUCACACUGGAAUCCAGAAAACAAGAAGAUGAUGGAGUCUCUGGGAAAACUGGCUUUUGAGCAGCUGCAGCAGGGACACCUGAUCUUCUAUGAAGAAGACCUGAGUGAGUGUGGCAUCGACAUAAGAGAAGCUUCAGUGUACUCAGGAGUGUUCACCCAGGUCUUUAGAGAGGAGAGCAACCUGUACCAGGACAAGGUGUUUUGCUUCAUCCAUCUGAGUGUUCAGGAGUUUCUGGCUGCUCUUCAUGUCCAUCUGACCUUCAUCAGCUCUGGAGUCAACCUGCUGGAGGAACAAACAACCUCUCAGUCACCUGAAACGGGAGGAAAGGAAGCUGCAGAGAUAAACUUCUAUCAGAGUGCUGUAGACAAGGCCUUAGAGAGUUCAAAUGGACACCUGGACUUGUUCCUCCGCUUCCUACUGGGUCUUUCACUGCAGACCAACCAGAACCUCCUACGAGGUCUGCUGACACAGGCAGGACGUACAUCUCAAAUCCAUCAGGAGACCGUGGAGUUUAUCAAGAAGAAGCUAAGCGAGGACCUGUCUGCAGAGAAAAGUAUCAAUCUGUUCCACUGUCUGAAUGAACUGAACGAUGGUUCUCUGGUGGAGGAGAUUCAACGGUCCCUGAAGUCAGGACGUCUCUCCACAGAUGAAUUGUCUCCUGCUCAGUGGGCAGCUCUGGUCUUCAUCUUACUGUCAUCAGAAGAAGAUCUGGAAGUGUUUGACCUGAAAAACUUUUCAGCUUCAGAGGAAGCUCUAAAGAGGUUGCUGCCAGUGAUCAAAGCCUCCAGGAAAGUUCUGUUGAGCUGUUGCAACCUCUCAGAGAGAAGCUGUGAAGCUCUGUCCUCAGUCCUCAGCUCACAGUCCUCCAGUCUGAGAGAACUUGAUAUGAGUAACAACGACCUGCAGGAUUUGGGUGUGAAGAUGUUGUCCACUGCACUGAAGAGUCCAAACUGCCAACUGGAAACUCUCAGACUCUCAGGUUGUCUUGUCACAGAAGAAGGCUGUGCUGCUCUGGUCUCAGCUCUGAGCUCCAACCCCUCCCAUCUGAGAGAGCUGGACCUGAGCUACAACCAUCCAGGAGACUCAGCAGUGAAGCUGCUGUCAGCUGGACUUGAGGAUCCACAUUGGAGACUGGAAACUCUAUGUGUGGACCAUGAUGGAGAACAGAGGUUACAAUCUGGUCUGAGGAAGUAUUUCUGUGAACUGGAAGUGGACACAAACUCAGUAAAUCCCAACAUCAAACUGUGUGAAGACGGCCGGACGGUGACACUGGUGGAGGAGGACCUGCAGUAUCCUGAUCAUCCGGACAGAUUCAAUCACUGCUGGCAGUUGCUGUGCAGAAACGCCCUGACUGGUCGCUCCUACUGGGAGGUGGACUGGAAAGGAUGGCUCGACGUGUCCGUCAGCUAUAGAGGAAUCAGGAGGAGAGGAGUAAGCGAUGACUGCAGGUUUGGAUGGAACGAUCAUUCAUGGAGUCUGAACUGCUCUGACGACGGCUUCUACAUCUGGCACAACAACAUCAGAACAUCCAUCUCCUCCUCUUCUUUGGCCUCUGGUACGAUAGGAGUGUACCUGGACAGUUCUGCUGGUGCUCUGUCCUUCUACAGAAUCUCCUGUGACGCUCUGGUCCACCUCCACACCUUCAACACCACCUUCACAGAGCCUCUUUAUCCUGGCUUUAGAUUUCGAUCACCGGCUUCUUCGGUGUCUCUGCGUUCUCUGUAGCAGGGAUGUUCCUCAGCCCUGAUUCAUCCUCAUGUCUGACACUUAGUCACACUGAAUGUCAGAAUAUGGUCAGUAUCCAUGGUUUCAGGAAUAUCUUUGAAUAUCACGUCUUAGCCGACAACUGGCACUUUGGUUCUCAUUUGAUUCAGGAACACAAACCAUCAGUUCCAUAAAAUCAAGAAAUCCAGCGUGUAUCCAGGACAGAUGCAGAGAUGAUGCAGGGAUCGUUCACGCAAUUCUUAAUUAGAUAUUUGGGACCUAGCACUAUACAGUACAUUUUUUUCCUUUCCGGGAAACAUGCCGAAGAAACAGGGAAAAGCACAACUUUAAUCUGAAGGGCUUCAUUUGGAACAACACAAAAUCGUCUCUCAAACCGUUAGAGGGUUACAUAAGCAGGCGUGUCAUCCUGGAGAACAUGGAAUAUUUUCCUGGUUCUGAUUUACCAAUCAAUCAGAGAACCAGCUACAAGUCUCUCCUAUGAUGGACCUUCACCUAAUCUCUUUAAGGGAGAGGAAACUGUCCCCAUGUUCCUACAUAUGCAGGAGGGGGUGUGGUACCUGACAGGGGUCCUAUCUGAAGACAAAGACCUGGUGUCCCAACCCUUGACUGUUGAAACUUAGUUUCAGUAUAAUGGGAAGCCUACAAGGGCCAAAUACUGUAUCUGGGGCCCUUGGAGGUUACAAGUGGACUAAACUGGUAUAUAUUCACAAAGGGGCAAACUGUGGAAGUACAUGGACAAACACAAGUAAGACCACUACGGACCUGCAGACGAGCCCAGAAGAGAUCUUGAGAGGUCCCCCAGAAGUCUAGGACUACAACAUCAUAAGCGACACCUGAGCUACAUCGAACUAUGAGAAAGUUUUCAUCCUGAUCUCAAAAGCAGAGAGAGCUCUCUCUAUCCUGAAACCAAAAUGGGAGCUGGUUCCACCCCAGAACCAGGAGCCGGAUAACUGAAGGCUCUUCCUCCUGAUCUACUGUUGGAAACUCCAGGAACCAUCAGUAAACCUACAGUCUGCGCUUGGAACAUUUACAUAUAAGUGGGCCACCAACUUUACUCCACUGGCCUUUACAUGGUGGCUCAAGGAAGUGUGACUCCACGUCGUGUGCCUGAAACGUGAUGUAAGACUCAUGGGGGGGAAUAAGUGAUGGGGGGGAGGAGACGAUGCAGUCAGCUUACUACAUGUCCUUUUAACAAGCUGAGCAUGUAUAAGCGUGCAUGUGUAUGAGGCGCAUGGACUGUGUGUGUGUGUGUGUGUGUGUGUGUGCGUGUGUGUGUGUGUGUGUGUGUGUGUGUGUGUGUGUGUGUGUGUGUGUGUGUGUGUGUGUGUGUGUGUGUGCGUGUGUGCGUGUGUGCGUGUGUGCGUGUGUGAUGUGGAGAAGUUGACCGUGAAGGUUUGAACAUGUAACUAGACGGAUUCAGCUUCAUGUACAGCAUCAGUACGGUAAAUAAGAAUGCUGCAUCUCCUCCAGCUGGGAAGUGUCCAGGGGCCUCAUUUAUAAAGCUUGCUUUCGCGCAAAAGAGGGCUUGAAAGAUAGAAAAAACUAACCAAAAAAUGUGUGUAUCUCUACGCCAACCCUGACCCUUGCGCAUGAACAUUUUAAAGAUAUGGGGAACUGGCGACGCAGGCGAUGAGGUAGUGAAAUGAAGCCAGAUUCAUGUCAUACUUUUAAUGUCAUCACAUAUCAGACUUAUAGAUCCAUGUACACCCAAACCGGCAGAAAAUACUACCGUACCAUCCCCGUUUCUUUUAUCUCAGUUUCUUUUUUUUUCAAAGGCUUUUUCAUGCAAAUAGAAGAUUUAACAGCAGGAAGUCAGAAUGUGCUUCACAUAGAUCUAUGUGCACGAGGCUUUGGCGGAAGAAAGAAAAAGUCAAAUCACGCUUCCACAUAGAUAUUGGCAGGUAGGAUGAUUUGACAGAUGAAAAUACCCUGUCAUAUCACACUCCCACAUAGAUAAAUGUUGAUGUCUAUGUAGAAGCGUGAUCUGACGGGGUAUUUUCAUCUGUCAAAUCAUCCUACCGGACGCCGUGCCGGUGUCGUGCCAAAAAGUGAUUGCCUGCCAGAAUCUGAUUUCUCCCCUGAAAAUGGGUCUUUUUUUACCUGCGAAAAAUUGAUUGAAGGCCAAAUACAGUUAAUGAAAGGUUGUUUCUACCUAAAUAUGAUUUGAUCUCAUUCUUGAGCUUCAUGAUCUGAAAAUCUGACGUUUCAGCGCUAUCGCUCAACGGGCUGCUGUGCGCGCUCCCGCGGCCAGAAAUCAGAUUCUAGCAGGCAACUCACUCGCUUUGUUUUUGUUAGUGAUGCCAUUACUGUGACCACCAAAUAAUGUGGUUUCCUUGGCCUCCAUCUCAGUCUCGGUGAAAUUUAGUGACACGGUUGUCUGGCUCGACACGUCUCAUUCAUCCUGACGCUCAGCAGAAACAGGCUGCAGGAAGCCGCUGCACAUGCUCAGCAGGCUCAUUUAUAUGCAAAUACAGUCAUGAAGUAGUUUGCAUUGCCCAUUUAUGGUAGAAAGUGGGCGUGUAGAGGGCGGGGUAUGAGGCGAAUUCACGUGCGCAACCUUCCAGCUGGACUGUGAUUUAUAAAGCGAACAUUGCGUACACGGUUUUAUAAAAUAUUUUUUGCGUUCGCCAUUUUCGGCUUUUAGGUUUACGUGCACUUUUAGUAUGGAUCCUACACAGUCUUUUAUAAAUGAGGCCCCUGGUGAUGAGAAGAGAGUGAUACCCAUGAGUGAGACUGGCAGCGCCAUUUCAGGCAAGAUAGCGACAAUUAAUGCCAGCGGGACGUCAGCAGUGUGGACAUAUUUCAAAAUAAGGGACGACGAUGAAAGCAAGGCAGACUGAAGCUACGUGCUGCUAAGGUGUCAAGAGGAGGAAAGGGGAAUACGUCGUUUAAUACCAGCAACUUAAUAAAACAUCCCAAGACACAUCAUAAAGCUGAGUUUACAGAGUUUGCUAAUAAUACUUCAAGACCACAACAGCCAACAUUAGCUCAGGUUCUGCAAAAGCCCCAGACAAUAACAAGAGACAAGUUAAAAUAACGGAGGCUCUAAGCCGUUAUAUAUCGCUGGAUGAGCAGCCACUGUCAGUUGGAGAAGACGGAGGAUUUCUUUUCUCGACGCACUCGAGGCGCGAUAUGAUGUUUCAUUGAUAUGGUAUAUGUUUGAUAUUUUAAAUGUUUUAUUUACACAGAAAGAUUAUUUUUUCUUUAAAGUAGUUAUUCUACUCAUUCUAUUUAUUUUUAUUGAAUGUAUCUGUUGCAAAUUAAACCUUCUAGAAGUCUUCUAAUUCAUUCUAAUUCAUUGCAUUUUUCAUUGCAUUUUUAGCCUAGUUAUUUUCGUAUCGGUACUUGGUAUCGGCAAGUACAGAAAUUAAAAUACUUGUACACGUACUCGGUGUAAAAAAAAAAGGUAUCGGGGCAUCCCUAGUCAAGACUAUUUAUGUCAAAGAGAAUAUGUGCAAUUUGACUGUGCUAUUUAAAUAAGUGGUCUAAAAAAAUCAUAAUA